AUGACCGAGUCUGGAAAAGAGAUGAACACAAGCACCAGGUGCCGAAAGCCGCACACGCGGAGCCGAGCCGGAUGUCUCACAUGCAGGAAGCGUCGCGUCCGAUGCGAUGGAGGCCAGCCAGUCUGCACAAAGUGUACAAAGUCUAGAAGGACUUGUGAGUAUGGCUCAGAUCUCCCGCUCCGAGACCGCCGGGCGGAAUGGCUCCCUGGUGAGCACCAGCCGUGGACGGUGGAUACACAAGUUGCACUGAAUCCUGGAUCAUCCAUGACAAAUUCUAUGGAUCCGUUCGAUUGUCUGGGACUUGACAUGUCAUACAAGUCAAGGCAGCUUCUUCAUUACUUCCGCUACGCGAAAGGCUGCACUGACAUGCUCUCAAACACAACGGGAAAAGACCCCUUUUCUCUACUCUCCAUCCACCCAGACGCGCUUAGGGACACCCUGCUUGUCGCCGGACUACACUACGCCUGGACUGUGGGAGAUAUCCACACUUACCAGUCCACUCUUUUAUUCCACAAAGUUGCAACUAUUCGGAUCUUGAACAACUGGCUUCACAAUAUCAAUCAGCCUGGGCUGAUGACUUUUGUGAGGCACGUCUCAAUUCUAUGCUUUGUCGAGGGCUGCCAUGGCAAUGUAGCCGCAGCAGAAACUCACCUCAAAGGACUAGUUGACGCUGUGGAUCUACUAAGCCCGAGUGAUGGCAACUUUCUGAACAGUUUGAGUGUUGGGGAAGAGCUUGCCAAUCGAUAUCUCAUCUUUACACAUUAUUCUUUCCAGGGAUUCAAAGCACGAAUCGUCAGCAGCGCUGCCCUGCAAAAGAUAUUCACCCAAGAAAACGUGGCAGAGUUUUCUGACUUUUUGUCCUUGGUCUAUGAUUGGCGAGAGCAAAGGAUUGGCAAUCUAGAGAAGAGGCUAGGCGCCAUGAGAAUGAUGCCCUUCUUCUUCGCUGUCCUGCCACCUGACGCCAGAUUCUACGACAUUGAUGCAACACCCAUGGUGGAAUGCCUGAAGAGCCUCACGGCCACGAUACUGUUCACCAGCGAUGACAACACGACGUAUGAUCCUAGUUGGGAGUGGAUUGAGGGAUCAGAAUCGAGGUUACUCUAUGAGACGGUCAAAGCACACUUCGCUUCGCUUUCAGAACCGCAAGAUGGUGACUCCCCAGAGACUCCUAGGCUCAGCACCUCGUGGUCCAGCAUGUGCGUCGCUACCGGUCUCUACCUACACAGCGCCUUGGGGAUCUGGUAUGCUGGAGAGUCAUUGGAACCACGCAUGUUCCGCCGCUUCCUGUCAAUUCUGAUGCGCGACGUCGACCGAAACGUCCACCAGAUACGAUCGCCUAGCUUGUCUGAUCUGUGGUUCUGGAAGACUUUUCUCGGAGCUUACAGUAUAGCAAAGCUUCAGUCGUUCUCUCUUCAAAAGGACCCGCAGGCCUUUCAUCAACUAUCAACUCAGCGCAAGAUAACCUGCGCCAUCAUGUCCCGGGCUCAGAUCAUCCCUCAUAUCUAUCUGCUAUGCCUCGAUCAACAAUGCAGCAUCGCCUUCCAAGAGGCUAGUCAACAACUUGAGCUUGGCUCCCCAACUCAAGUGUCUAUCCUCAACUGCGAGCUCACGGGAGUGCCAUCCACAGUUCAAUUCGACACCAUCGUAUCUCCUGCAAAUUCAUAUGGCCAGCUAGAUGGUGGCUUCGAUGAUGCCAUCUCCCUUGCCUUCUCACCUGGCGACGACUAUAUGGCGCUUACUCGUGCAGCUCAGGAACAGCUGUAUGAUGAAUGGCGAGGCUUUGCGCCCCCCGGAACCUGCACCAUAGUUCGGAUCCCGGAAACCUUCCGUCAGCGAUCGAUGAACGUCUGGGGCACAAAAUUCUUGGCGCUCUGCCCUACGAUGCGUGUCCCCAUGGACGUUAGGUGGGACAGAGAGAUUGUCUACGACGCUGUGUGGAGCUUGCUCUGCGCCAUUGACAAGCACAAUCGUGCAGCACCCGAUAACGACAAGAUCUCAAGGAUACUCAUGACUCCCAUGGCGACGGGCACAGGCCUCGUCACUCCAGAGAGAUGGGCGGAGCAGACAGUCUUGGCGAUUAAGCAUUUUCGCGAAGCGGUAGAGAACCCGCAGAAAUGGAGUGCGAUGGAGUGGCCUGACAUCUUUGAGGUUGGAGAUGACAUCGAAGACACGUGGAAUUAUGAUGAUGAGGACAAUCGCACGCCUGAGUAUCAGGUUCAUGGCCAGUACCAGUCGAACGGGAACUGUAUCGGUCGUUGGGCGGCUCUAUGCGUCAUUGGGUUUGAUGUGUUGAAAGCCGUGUUUUUGAUGAUAUCAGGUCGUUGA